CCGCCCCGCUCGGUUUGUGUGUGUGUGUGUGUGUGUGUGCGCGCGCGCGCCCGCCCCGCUCGCGCGGCCCUUUUCUUCCUCCGCCGCCCGCAGCACCGGGAGCCGCCGCCGACCCCGCCGGGCCCAGCGCGGGCACCGACCCUCGGCCGCCUCCGCGGGGCAGGCCCCGGCGUUCCUCCCUUCCCCUCCCUCCCCUCCUCCGGCCCGCCCCGCUUCCCCCCCUCCCUCCGCCGGCGCCGGAGCCGCCACGCCGCCGCCAUGGAGCUCAUCACCAUCCUGGAGAAGACGGUCUCACCGGACCGCUCCGAGCUCGAGGCGGCGCAGAAGUUCCUGGAGCAGGCGGCCAUCGAGAACCUGCCGACCUUCCUGGUGGAGCUGUCGCGUGUCCUGGCCAACCCCGGCAACAGCCAAGUGGCGCGAGUGGCGGCGGGGCUGCAGAUCAAGAACUCGCUGACGUCCAAGGACCCCGACAUCAAGGCUCAGUACCAGCAGCGAUGGCUCGCCAUCGACGCCAACGCACGCAGGGAGGUCAAGAACUACGUUUUGCAGACGCUGGGCACAGAGACGUACCGGCCCAGCUCGGCGUCCCAGUGCGUGGCCGGAAUCGCCUGCGCCGAGAUCCCCAUGAACCAGUGGCCCGAGCUCAUCCCCCAGCUGGUCGCCAAUGUCACAAACCAGCACAGCACCGAGCACAUGAAGGAGUCCACGCUGGAGGCCAUCGGCUACAUCUGCCAGGACAUUGAUCCAGAGCAGCUUCAGGACAAAUCCAACGAGAUCCUGACGGCCAUCAUCCAGGGGAUGAGGAAGGAGGAGCCCAGCAACAACGUGAAGCUGGCGGCCACCAACGCGCUCCUCAACUCGCUGGAGUUCACCAAAGCAAACUUCGACAAAGAGUCUGAAAGGCACUUUAUUAUGCAAGUAGUCUGUGAAGCAACGCAGUGUCCAGAUACAAGGGUACGAGUGGCUGCCUUACAGAAUUUGGUGAAGAUAAUGUCCCUUUAUUAUCAGUAUAUGGAGACAUACAUGGGCCCUGCGCUUUUUGCUAUAACAAUUGAAGCGAUGAAAAGCGACAUCGAUGAGGUGGCUCUGCAGGGAAUCGAGUUCUGGUCCAACGUCUGCGAUGAGGAGAUGGACUUGGCCAUCGAGGCCUCGGAGGCAGCAGAGCAAGGGCGGCCUCCAGAGCACACUAGCAAAUUCUACGCAAAGGGAGCGCUACAGUAUUUGGUCCCGAUUCUAACACAGACGUUAACGAAACAGGAUGAAAACGAUGACGAUGACGACUGGAACCCCUGCAAAGCGGCGGGAGUUUGCCUCAUGCUCCUGGCCACCUGCUGCGAAGACGACAUUGUUCCUCACGUGCUGCCCUUUAUUAAAGAACACAUUAAAAACCCGGAUUGGCGAUACCGAGAUGCGGCUGUGAUGGCUUUUGGGUGCAUUUUGGAAGGACCAGAGCCAAACCAGCUCAAACCACUAGUCAUACAGGCGAUGCCGACUUUAAUAGAGCUAAUGAAGGACCCCAGCGUGGUGGUUCGAGACACGACGGCCUGGACCGUGGGCAGGAUCUGCGAGAUGCUCCCCGAAGCCGCCAUCAACGACAUCUACCUGGCGCCACUGCUGCAGUGUCUGAUGGAGGGGCUGAGCGCCGAGCCCCGCGUGGCCUCCAACGUCUGCUGGGCCUUCUCUAGUCUUGCUGAAGCCGCCUAUGAAGCUGCAGAUGUAGCUGAUGAUCAGGAAGAACCAGCAACCUACUGCUUGUCCUCAUCGUUUGAGCUCAUAGUUCAGAAACUGCUGGAGACCGCAGACAGGCCUGACGGACACCAGAAUAACUUGAGGAGUUCUGCGUAUGAGUCUCUGAUGGAGAUCGUGAAGAACAGUGCCAAGGACUGUUACCCGGCUGUGCAGAAGACGACCCUGGUCAUCAUGGAGCGGCUCCAGCAAGUGCUGCAGAUGGAGUCUCAUAUCCAGAGCACGUCCGACAGAAUCCAGUUCAACGAUCUCCAGUCUCUUCUUUGCGCUACUCUACAGAACGUCCUGCGGAAGGUGCAGCACCAGGACGCUCUGCAGAUCUCGGACGUGGUGAUGGCGUCGCUGCUGAGGAUGUUCCAGAGCACGGCGGGAUCUGGGGGCGUGCAGGAGGACGCCCUGAUGGCCGUCAGCACCCUGGUGGAAGUCUUAGGAGGCGAGUUCCUGAAGUACAUGGAUGCCUUCAAGCCGUUCCUCGGCAUUGGACUGAAGAACUACGCUGAGUACCAGGUCUGUCUGGCCGCGGUGGGGCUGGUUGGGGACUUGUGCAGAGCCCUGCAAUCCAACAUCUUGCCUUUUUGUGACGAGGUGAUGCAGCUGCUCCUGGAGAACCUGGGGAAUGAAAACGUCCACAGGUCCGUGAAGCCUCAGAUUCUCUCUGUGUUUGGCGAUAUCGCCCUUGCCAUCGGAGGAGAGUUUAAGAAGUACCUCGACGUCGUGCUGAACACCCUGCAGCAGGCGUCCCAGGCGCAGGUUGACAAGUCCGACUACGACAUGGUGGAUUACCUGAACGAGCUGCGGGAGGGCUGCCUGGAAGCGUACACCGGCAUCAUCCAGGGGCUGAAGGGAGACCAGGAAAACGUCCAUCCGGACGUGAUGCUGGUGCAGCCCAGAGUAGAGUUUAUCCUGUCUUACAUCGACCACAUUGCUGGAGACGAGGAUCACACCGACGUGGUGGUGGCGUGUGCCGCCGGACUGAUAGGGGAUUUGUGUACAGCCUUUGGGAAAGACGUCCUCAAAUUAGUAGAAGCUAGACCCAUGAUACAUGAACUGCUAACUGAAGGAAGGAGAUCCAAGACGAACAAAACGAAAACCCUCGCUACCUGGGCGACUAAAGAGCUGAGGAAACUGAAGAAUCAAGCUUGAUGUGUUACCACCGGGACACCCGCGACCCCCACUGGAAAAAAAAUCUCCAAUCUUUUAAAACAAAAAAAAUAACACAAAAAAUAUACACAACCCGGAAGCGAGGAGUGUGCACGGAUGCUGAAUGCUUGGGAAUGAGAGGAUGAGUGAGUGAGGCUUGACAAACACACCACAUCGAGAAUCCCGCCGCAGCGCCGCCAGCGAGAGCCGAGCACUGGUUUGCGUAAGAUAAACCCACCGUCGCGGAGAGGGAACGACCGGGUCUCUUCUCCCGCCGCGCCAGGACCGGCCGCUCCGGCGCCCCGUUUGGGAGAGAAAACUGGGUUCAACCGUGGUGCUUUUGGUCUGAGGUUUGGCUUUGGUUGGUUGCCGGAGGGGGAGAUGCCGGAGCGUCGGGUCUCCAGGCACCCCCUGAGCCGCAGGAUGUGCCCGGGGAGGAGCGGGGUGAAGGGUUUUGGGUCUAGGAGUGAGUGUGUGUGAAUGAGGCGGUGUCCACAUUCUCAACUUCGAGUCAUUGCAGUUUAUCUUUUCCCGAUAAAAUAAGCAAGCAAGCGAAAAUAAAAAGGGUUAGCUGUUGCAUUUCAUAAACUAACCGGAGUUCAGUCUACUGAUGCAGCGUAAGAGAUGUAAAAAAGGAGUAAAAAAAAAACAAAAAAAAAAAGACAAAAAAAAGGACAAAACCAAAAAAAAAAGACAAAAAAAAAUAAUAAAAGAAUAAAAGGAAAGUCGCUCUUUAGGGCUUUUUAUUUUAGGGAAACACUGACGAAUGUUCAGAGCUCCCGUUCCGAGUGACGCUUUUCAUGAUCUCGUUUCAUCGAAGCGCCUUUCCUUCCUUAAUAUUGUUCAACUGUGAAUGUAGAAAUGGGGGAAAAAACACAAAAAAAACGACAAAAAAAUAGCAAACUCUUGCGUUAGAGGGAAUAGAAGUAAAUUGUCAAACAGGAUUUCAGGCUUAAAUAAAAGGACAAGUGUAAAGUGCUCGAAUUGGCAUGAGAACGCAAAGGGAAAGGUCUCUCCUGACUUGUACUGUAGCAGCCCGAACGCCCACGAAAAUUGUGCCAAAGAGUUGAAAAACGAGACUUCAGGUAAUAUUUUGGAUCGCAAAAUGAGGAUAAAUUUCAAUGUUCAAACCGAAUCGGAUAAAACGCCAUUUGGAAACUGCUCGGCCUUUUUUGUGCUCUUUAUUUGAUCGGAUUCAAUGUGGUAUUGGUCUCUUGCUGCACUUCAAAACCAACAAAAAAAAAAAACACGAAAAAAAAAAGGAAAAAAAAAGAAAUUUAUAUAAAAUAUAUAUAUACUGACUUGAGCUUACACAAGACGGCACUUGUAAAAGGUUAUAUUUUUCCACUGCAGUUGAAGAUUAAUAAAAUGGUGUCAAACAUUC